UUACUGCGCCCAGGCCAGCGCGGGGUGGGCGGAGAGACGGGUAACCGCGCUCCGCCUGGGUCUAGGAGAAGAUUUGGGGAAGGAGGCGACCCAAGAGCUACGUUUUUAGACUGACGAGGAGUUAGCUGGGGGAAAAGGAAGAAUAAAGAGACUUCCAGACUCUGGGACUGCCACAUGUAUCUGACAAGAUUGAAACUGCAAGAGAAUGGACAGUGAAGUACAAAGAGAUGGAAGGAUCUUGGAUUUGAUUGAUGAUGCUUGGCGAGAAGACAAGCUGCCUUAUGAAGAUGUUGCCAUACCACUGAACGAGCUUCCUGAACCUGAACAGGACAACGGUGGCACCACAGAAUCUGUUAAAGAACAAGAAAUGAAGUGGACAGACUUAGCCUUACAGUACCUCCAUGAGAAUGUUCCCCCCAUAGGGAACUGAUCCCUGACUCCUUUUUCAUUGAUGGAUUUGGAAAAAAAAAUACAUAGAUGCAAAAAUUUUUUUCUGUCUCCUAAUUCAGAUCUUUUAGUGGUAGAUCAGAAAAUGCAUGCCUGCUUAGUUUGUAGCGAAAAAGUACAAUGUAGAAAUCCUUACAGAGGGAGAAACUGAUUUGAUACUUCUUAGGAAUGCAGCGUAUUUGGCUCUUUGAACCUAAGUUUUUCAUUCACUAGCUUGUAUUUGAACAUGAUUUGGAUAAAUAUUUGCCUUUAAUUCUAGUUUUGCUUUACUAUCAGAGUUUAGCACACUACUUAUGUGUGUCCUGUGACACAGGUGAUUAAAGAUAUGAGAGGAAAAGGCAAAGAGGAGCUGAUACAAGAAUUAUUGACUUCCUGUGUACCCCGCCCUAAGAAGCAAUCUAAGUGAAUGUGAGUGGAGCUUGUAGAUAUAAUGGAUAUGUAAAGAACCCACUCAUUGACUGCUAGGAUUCCUAAGAUUCCCCAAGGUAUUUUCAAACUUUGAAUACGUUUACCCAUUAAAAAAUUGUCUGAUAGUUACCUCUGCCCUAUGUCCCUACAGCCUCCUUUGGUGCCCCUGGAAUAAGAUCUUUGACUACUUGGAACACUGGUUUUAUCCAGUGACAUGAUACAGCCCUUGAAGAUAUAACUGAAACACUGUGAACUCAGUGGUUAUACAUUUGUCUAAGAAUUUGUAUUUUGCAAAACACAUUCACAGACGUUUAUCUCCUGGAAUUGUUUGCCUGGGUAAAGUAGUGUCUUUCUUGUCCUCUACCCAGAUUGUAAACUCUGCAGGAAGAGUUCAUGCCUUAUAUUUCUAUAUCCCUCAUUGAAAAAUGCAUAAAAAACAAAUUAACUGAUUUUUGGUUUUCAACCAGAAACAGUUGUAACAACUCUUCGGUAAUCCAGAAAUAUGCAGGCCAAUCUUACUACACAUCAAUAUCCUGCCUAGAAUCAUUCAUCUCAGAAUAAAGACCCCACAGUGCCUGUCCUUUGAUAACUGAAGGAAAAAACAGCCCAGUCCUAGACCUGAAGCUGACACUGAGUCUUCCAGCUGUGGCAAAGACACCCAUGCAUUGGGGCCACCACCUUCAAGGGCCCUGUUGGCAUCUAAGGCUAGCAAUAGCGACCCAGAAGGACUGAAGAGUAGAGGUCCUCACCCACUUGAAGUCAUUCAUGAGUGUGCUAAUGCUUGUGAGUCUCCUUAAGAGACAAAGGACACCCCAGUGUCCACAUAUUUCUAAUUGCAGCUGCAAUACAGCGCAGUAGAACUGAAAAGGUUUAAUUUGGAAAGCUUUGCACUGGCUCAAGGAAAAUACAGUGGUGGCUAGGAUUAGCAAGAUGGAUGUAAGGGGACUUUGAUAACUUAAAAUUGUCCAGAUGCACCCAGUGAGAAGUAUAUUUCAUGAAGCCAGCAUCAUUGAUCAUGGUGUGGUUUUAGACUAGGGUGCCCAGUGCAAGUGCUGCCUUUGUGACUCAGGCCAAGCCAGACGCUAAUAGAGAGGCAGCCUCUGUCCUCUGGACACAGAGAAUCUGGGUUGAGGAUCUACCCACUUCAUAAGAAUAUAAGUGAUAGUAGUGACAGCCAUGGCUAACCGAACCCUUCUGUGUGUUUCAGAGGAGUGGUCUCUAGCCCUGCAGUUCACUUUUUAGUUAGAUAUUACUGUCCUUUGUGACUGUGUAUGACUUGUUCCAAGUUAAAGUUAAUUUGUUUCAAGUUAAAAACUUGUUCUAAAUCACUCAAGUAGUCAGUGGAUUCCAAACCGUGUCCUCUCCCCGGGCCAUGUGACCUCCCCGGUGACACUCCAUGACCACUCCAUUCUGAAAUGGGAAGAAAAUCCUCUCAGUACAUUCAGAGCUUCAA